AAAAAAUGUAAUUGUUUUUCCUUGUAUGACUUUGAAAUAAUCUUUUCAUAAAGUGCAUUUAAAUAUUAAAAAAAUACAGGCAUUAGACCGUAUCUCUUUAAUAUAAAAAAAACGACUUGUGCAUGAUUGUUAAUGCAUCUAAAUAUUCUUUCUUUUGAGACUGUGGAGCAAAUUCUUACUUCAAAACCUGCCGGGAUCACUGUGAUCAACGAAUAUGAAAAUGCCAGAACACUGAAAGAUUCGACCAGACGGUUAAUGGUCAACAUUAUUGUGUCUCACAUGCGUGAAAAAGAAGGGAGAGCUAUUAAUAAAGCAACAAAGGAGUUUCAUGCCCUUGGUAUUGUAUCGCUGUUUCCACCCUUGAAGGACCCAUACUCUAAAAAAAGGAUAUGUUUGUUUUUCUUGCAAGACUUCUUGCUAAUGUUUGGAGAAGAAGCUGCUUCAAGAUUCCUUGAAAAGUGGAACACAAGUUUUAAAGAAAAAGUCAUCCAAGAAGCACGGAGCCUAAAGGGGUCCACUCUUCUACGAAAGUACCUUAAGGCUGCCCUAAAUGAAGAAUCUGACACACCUGAAGAACCAGAAUGGGACACCGACAUGGCUUCUCUUCUGGUCCUUCUCCAUCUUCUCACACCUCAACCAGCAGGAAGAAAGCGAGCCAAAAAGAUCAGUGUCGAAGAGGCAACGGAUCAUUUGGUUAAAUUCCUUAAGUCAUGCCAAAGCCUUGAAGAUCAUCUCUUAACCACCAAAGUAUCAAAUCAGCCAUACCUUCUUGCCACAGGAACUUCAAAAGCACAGGUUUCCACUUUCUACGUUGUCUUGGACAAAAAGCUUCUCCCAUGUCAGGCAUGUACGACUUUGGGGGCUUUUGAUGAGCUGUUCAAGUCCCACUUUGUUUUUAACGUGAAGUAUGAUGAUGCUCUGUCUAGUCUGUACACCUUUUUGCAGACUACAGUGUACAAUAUUGAUGUGGGCACAACUGAGGAAACUCCAAGAGUGCACCAGUACGAAAGUCCGGUGCACCGACCUUCUCGACCUCAUUACAUUUAA